AUGGCUAUUCAGGUCAUGGUACCCGAUUUCGAGAACAAGUAUCCUCGUCGUGGGGAUCGGUUGCAAGAGGAGCCAUCAGCCAAGAAUGCCCAGGGCUUAUUCCCUCCAGAUGCUUGUGUCUUUGUUGGAAAGCUAGUUGCAGCAGAGGAAAUGACCGAAGACCUGAAAACAGCGUUCACCGUCUAUGGCCCGUGUCAUGUUAAGAUCAAGCAGGAUAAGAAGAAGGGCCUCCCGGGUGCAUUUGUGCAGUUUGAGAAAGUGGAACAUGCCAAUGCAGCGCUGGAUCCCAAUGAACGUAUUGCUCUACAUGACCGGUGGCUGCGAGUUGAAAGGGCUAAAGGAAGACGAACCGCCUGUCUUGGUCUCCGCUCGGGGGCUCCCAUCACGGACCAAGAUGUUUCCUCUGCACUGGGAGACCGAGGCCACUUGGAGGUCUACUGCAUCGAAUCAUACCCCACAGGACCUCAAACAUGGACUUUUAUCUGCAAAGUCACAUUUGCCUACGUCGAUGACUGCAGAGACGCGAUCAAGUACUUCCAAAAAGACUCCAAGUACUAUCUGAGUCUCCUCGAUAUGGAGGGCAGUCCCCUCAUACCGAACGUGGGCCGGGGUCUUCCUCUUCGUACCAGACCCCACAGCUCAUCUCAACCAGCGCGUAACAACAAUCACAACGGCUAUCGAUACAACAAACCCUACCGUAACGGAGCCAACAGGGGUGGCUAUCGUGGAUUCUCUAAGCAUCACAAUCCACCAUUCCAAAUGGAGAACUUACCUGCGUCUCAUUUACAUGGUGAAUUGCCUCUGCCUCAUUUGCGUGGUGGCUUCCCUGGCCCACAUUACUGGGUCAAUGGCAUGCCAUACAACAACGAACGACAUCCAUCAUUCUACUAUCCGCCAUCACAGCACCCAAAUGACGGCUUUAAUAACCAUCCGUUCAUUGUCAAUAGUCAACCGAGAUAUGACCACCCACACUUUCUUCCGCCUCCAGAUAUUUACAACACUGGCAUUCCUGGCGGGGCUUUGAUUAUCAACGGCCAGCCACAAUAUGGUGACAAUAGCCCGGCGGUUUAUCACGAGUUCUUCACACCAGAGAGUGCAGGUUUGAGCCCACCAGCUAGUGUUACGAGCCAACCUGGUAGCUACUUUACUCCACAGCCCUAUACUGAGCCCUACCCGGCUCAUCAGAAUCAAUUGGCCCCGCCCCAUGUUCAAGUCAAAGUGACGCUGCCGCCAACCAAGCCUAAAGACACCGAAGAAAAGGUUGUUGAAAAUGAAGGAAUAGAAAAGUUGCUCGAGCCCGAGAGGCUAGAGAAACCACCAAAACUCAUUCGCGUCUAUGAAUCUGACACGGAGUCCGAUGACGAAAAAGAGCAAGAAAAAUGUUCCGCACGAAUAUUUGAGCUUGGGGAAAGAAGCCCUCUGAUUCCCGCCCUCAAAUCACUCAAAGAAGAGGAUGAGAAACUGAAAGUUGAAGGACACGAUAUACGGACCACAGAGCCAACCUCCAAUUCGGGACCUCCAUCCGAAGACCAAGUAUCGACACCCAGCCAUGCAAGCUCGCGCUCUGGAUCCUGUUCCCCUCCAUAUCGUAUUGCCUUCCACGUGCGAUCUCAGCUUGUGGAACUGGAAUCAGACCUCGGUGAAGCCGCGAUACAAGAGGUGAUUUUGUCACUGAAGAAAGAGCUAAAGCUAAAGAAGCAGGAGCAGGAGGCAGAAAAGAAUAAAGGGAAGUUGCUACUUGACAGUGGGUCCAGCACUUCACGGAGCUGUUCGUUGACAAGAUCUUGUUCGUCAAAGUCCAUUUGA